CGACGAGAAGAGAGGCAGCGAGAGUCUAGAUGAAGGUCUAGACAGAGGAAUAGAGAGGUCGGACGGAGAGGCAGCACAGAUGGUCGUGAUUAGACGAAGCAGACUCUGGCUUGGCGUGAAUAAAGGAGAUCGUCAAAUGGUCUAAGAAGUCACGGCGGAUCACCCAGUUCGAGACAUGAAAUGACUGGCCAUGCAGCAGUCGCUGCCUUUUUCAUCAAGACCAUGGCGGAACAGCAGUACCAUGAACAAGCCGCACCAACUCCAACAAUGGCAGCAGAAACAGCAGCCCAAGCACAAUUGAACAUGUCGGCGUCUGGACGGCCACGCGUUCUUCGGACGCACUCUUCGCCAGUCGCGACGGCCAAAUAUGCAGGCGGCCAGCAGCAGCAAUCCUCGCUCAGUCGGCCCUCGACCCCUCUGGCGGACGCAGCAUCGUCUUCACUGUCGCACGCACGGGGGUUGGGCAUUGACACGGAUGAGCAAGCAGGAAGCCCACGCCGUUUGGCGACUAACGGCUUCCUGCAGACCAACAACGACUCGGAAUACGAAGUCAACAUUGCUGUCGUCGGGAGCAUCGGCGUGGGAAAGUCGACCUUCAUCCAGCAGUCCCUAGGCCUCGCAAACCGCCCGACAGCUGCAGUCAAUGCCCGUCGCAUCUCGGUCGACAGUGCUACUUACCUGGUGCGCAUGCUAGAGUGCCGACUCGAAGACGUCCACGUCGACAAGAAAAACAGAAUCACCUGGCCCUUGGACCCCCGUAUGCCCAGUGUUGACGCCGCAUGCACCUUGUACGACAUCUCCAACAAGGACACCUUUGAAGACGUCCCUGUCGUCCUGAACGCCCUCGAGAAAUCGUCGGUACCUUCGGUCCUUGUCUCAAACAAAUGCGACAUCGACAAGACCUAUCGCCAGCUUGAUCCAAACAACAUCGAACAACGAGCAAAAGCCAUCCUCCGCUCGCUCGACACGCUUCAAUCCUCCAUAUCGCAUGUCGAUUCCCACGCAAAGGGAAUAGCCAGCCUGUUGCAAGCUGUUUCGGCCCAGAGAGACCCUGCCUCAUCUCGCCGUCGAACCAUAUCAUCCGCCCUGGCUUUCUCCCAAGCCUCUCGAUCACAUUCACGUCAAGGUCACGUAAGAGCCAGCUCGGCACAGUCAAACACGAUGCGCAAAGACUCACGACACGACUCUACCACAAUGGUGACAACCCCUUCAGCCUCCACAAAUCCGCCCCUCGACAUUGACACGAAUUUGGACGAAUCACGCGACGACAUUACAGACUCAUCUCGUUCUGAGCACGCCUCCUCAUCUGAGGAUGGCGGUCUUGAUGUCGAUAGUCAAUCAGAGGCCCCAUCCGAUGAGCGGGGAUACUCCUUUGACAACCUCGUCGACCGUCUCCUGGGGCUACCGCGAUCAAAAGCCGACACACGAUUCGGCUCUGUCUUUCUUGCCCUCUAUCGGAAAUUCGCUGCACCCGGACAGUUGCUGGAAGCUAUAGUUCAUCGCUUCGAAGCCUUGGAAAAAGAAAACUGUCCUUUCAUGACAAAGACUGUCUCACAAUUACGCUACUUAUCUGUCAUUGAGCAAUGGAUUGGAACAUACCCUGGAGACUUUGCACACACAAAAACCCGCCGUCGCAUGCGCAUCUUCGUCGCCAAGCUGUCCAACACACGCAUCUUCUCUGCUGCCGCUCGUGAGAUGAGCUGUGACUUGGACGUUGUGACAGAAGACGAUGAUACAAAUUGGGCUUGUUGUGACAUGGAUCGUGAAAAACGCGGUCUCCUGAGCCCCGAUCUCGGCUGGUCAUCCCGUGUGAGCACACUCCUGGACGAUCCCGAAUUUGACUUUAGCGACAACCUGGGAAGCCUGUCUCUCGAUGGCGGCCAGGGUAGAAAUGCAGCCCAUUCCUUACAUACCGACUUUGGCAUGCUGCAGACCGUGGACGCAGCACGUAGACAAGGCCCAUCUCUGGUUCCCGUCCCCAAGAUUCCAAUCAGCAAGAUGCAUUGGCACAUGCUUAUGGAAACACCAACGGAUCACAUCGCUUGCGAACUGACACGCAUUGACUGGAUCAUGUUCAGUGCAGUACGUCCGCGUGAUUUGGUGCGGCACGUUUCCUUAUCGCAAACUCAGAAGGCACAGUGCAAAUCCAUAGUACAUGUCAGCCGCAUGAUCGACCAUUUCAAUCACAUUCGAGACUGGGUGGCCAACUUCAUCUUGCUUAGAGAGAAGGCGAAACACCGUGUACUGAUGUUGGAAAAGCUCAUGCAUGUCGCCCGUAAGCUGCGAGAGAUGAACAACUACAACUCGCUGGGGGCGUUCCUUGCCGGUAUCAGCAGUGCAGCCGUACACCGACUUGCCGCUACUCGAGAACUGGUUUCACCCGAGACCGGCAAGGAUUGGAUGAAGCUGGAGAUAUUGAUGUCUCCCACUCGCUCUUAUUCUGCUUAUCGCCUGGCUUGGGAGAACUCAAGCGGAGAGAGAAUCCCUUUCCUCCCUCUACCCAUCCGAGAUCUUGUGGCCGCCGAGGAAGGCAACAAGACCUUUGUCGGCGACGAAGUGAAUGGCAGAAUCAACUGGCGCAAGUUCGAAGUCAUGGGAGAAACGGUCGUCGGGAUUCAAAAGGCGCAAGGUCUGCCUUAUAGGAACUCCAUGCUCGGCCCUAGGAAUGAUGAGUUGAGAGCAUUGAUCCUGAACAGUAACAUGAUCAGAGAUGACGAGGCUCUUUAUGACCGUAGCUGUUCUCUCGAAUCUACCAACGACAGAAGGGGGCUGCGAGAUAUCUUCAGACGCGCAUAGACGUCGACACAGUCCCUUGAUAUUUUUUCUUGCAUCGUUAUCCGGCGUCGGGCACAUAUUUUGAAUGGAUAUGAACUAAUGAUUUUGUUCUCGACUAUUUAGUGUCGAGAACUUGAAAAGAGAGAGAAAGAGAGAUCCCAGGAAUGAAAUAUCGAACCUCUCGACGAAAGGUGUUUUAUGGUGUGGUUGGUGGCAUGCUCAAGGAAUAAGAGCCAUGGAGUUUCUUCUACGUUUAUACCUUUGUCAUAUAGUUCAGUUAUUUAUCUAGAUUUUAUAUCUGCCUCACGGCGAUUCAUCAAAUUCUCAUACGUUUGUCGGCUCU